AUGAGAGGCGGUCGCGAACGGGCUCAACGCAAUCUCUAUGUCCUCAACCUCCCCCUUGAUGCCACCACAGACCACUUCGAAGCUCUGUUCGCUCAGUAUGACUCGGUCGAACAUACAGUGAUUCUUGCUACGCUUGACCACCUCGCACGACGAAGAGGUUUCAUCCUCAUGGCCGACACUGUUCAGGCUAGAGCCGCCAUCGAUAGUCUCAAUGGCUACGUUUGGCAUCAUUAUCGUAUCGAGGUUUCCUUUGCUAUUGUUCAGAGGAGCGGAACACCUUUCUCUCAAGAUGUCGCUGACGAUGCUUCUCGUCAGGAGAAGCCAUCACAACUCACACAGACCAGUACUUCCAUUCAGCCCCUCGAGCAUAUGCCAGCAUCCGAUACUUCCGUCAGGCUGGACCAGAAAGUGCCUCGAGGCCUGCUUGAUCAAAGCAGCGACGACGCAACGUUGUAUCUCUCUGUUCUCGAUACCAGCGUGAUCACGUCUCUUGCAAUGGUGAGAGCGUUAACGGAGCCGUUCGGACACGUUGUCGAACUUCACUCGCCUGAGCAGGCACCUGGAACGAGCGUCCACAGCCAGGCAGUUGCCGUGUAUUGCUGUCCUUCGAGCGCUUCUUUGGCACGACUGGCUUUGGAUGGCCUCGUCAUAGGAAGGAGUCGAGUUCAAGCAAGUCUGAGGCGCUCGCCAACGUCAACAAACAUCACGACCUUCGAUCCGCAAAUGGCUUACACACCUGCCUCCCUCACGGGUUCACCUGAGCAGCUUUGUGAGCUGGGCACUGCCUUCACGCCGUCGCAGAAGCGAGAUGCUUCGUCUUCGUGUCCUCCAUCUGCUCAGACCGAUGUUGUGAGCGACCGGAAUAAUGUCGAGCAAGGAUGCUAUCCUCGUCUUCGCCAGCAGUCCCAAGUUGCCGGGUCUUUCACCGGUCCGGACCCGUGGUACAAUACAGGGCUCUCGAGCGACAUGACGAGCAAGUACAUUUCUGAGGACCUCAUGCUCAGCCAAAGGCAAUGUAAGCCGCCCCGACCCAUCGGAGACGAACGUCACCGGACUCUUUCGCAACAAAGGCUUACUUAA